AUGGAUGAAGAUACUCAGUCACUUGCCCACUCUCACUCUCCCUCUCCCUCCAAUAAUGCUAGCACUCGCGUGACCUCCGCUCCCGGUCACGUGCCAGAUAGCGGCGACGCAGCUCGGGCGGAGGCGGUUUUAUCCGGCGAAUCGAGCAAUGGAGCGAAGUACAGGCUUAUGUCUCCGGCAAAGCUCCCGAUCUCCAGGUCAACUUGUAUUACUAUACCUCCUGGACUCAGCCCGACGUCGUUUCUCGAAUCGCCAGUUCUUCUCUCGAACAUCAAGGCAGAACCUUCUCCCACCACAGGUUCCUUUUUCAAGCCUCAUUUGAUGCAAGGAUAUGGUGAAACUUCGGCACUGCCAUUGGGAAAAAAGUGUCCUGGUGGCAAUAUCAGUGAUGAAAGAAUGCCCAGCAGUUUCGAGUUUAAUUUUCAUGCUGGAUCUAGUUGUGCAUCAGGAUUAUCGUCGAACGGCCUAAUGAUUCCAGCAAGUUUGAACGUGCCAGAGAAUGGACCCUGCAGUCAAGUUAAAGAUCAUUGCUUUUCACAGCCUCCAGCACCUUCAUCUGUGGCUACAUGUGAGCUGCCAAGUUCAAAAGUAUUUGGACCGUCUGUACUUACGAGCACACAUGGUUAUUCGUCUUGUGGUACUGUUGAUGAAUUAAACCAGGGAGGUUACUCCAACACAGACAUCCAAUUUUGGCCUUCUGAUCAUAAAGAUGGUGUCCCGGUAACAGCUGACAGAACAUCAGAUGACGGGUACAGCUGGAGAAAAUACGGGCAGAAACUUGUUAAAGGAAGUGAAUUUCCUCGAAGCUAUUACAAAUGUACAUAUCCAGGCUGUGAGGUGAAAAAGAUUUUCGAACGUUCUCCAAGUGGACAGACAACAGAAAUUGUCUACAAGGGUUCACAUGAUCAUCAGAAACCUCAACCUACCCGUAGACAAAAUCCUGGUGCCUUUAUGUCCAUUCAAGAGGAUAAAGUGGACAAGGAUGUAACAGGGAUUGGUCAAGAAGACAAGUUGAGCACCUAUAGUCUGACUGGUAACAUGGACCCAAAGAUCUCGCCAGUGCUGUCUCCUCAGCAAGUAAAUGAGGAUGGUCUAAAAGGUGCAGAUUCACAAUUUCACGGCACUAAUGACGACAUUGAUGAAGAUGAUCCCUUUUCAAAGCGGAGGAAGACAGAGGAUAGUCUUGAUAUUACAACAGUUGUUAAGCCCAUUCGUGAACCACGAGUUGUUGUUCAAACUGUGAGUGAGGUUGACAUACUGGAUGAUGGGUAUAGAUGGCGGAAGUAUGGGCAGAAAGUAGUCCGAGGCAAUCCAAAUCCCAGGAGUUAUUACAAGUGCACAAGUGCUGGUUGCCCAGUAAGGAAACACGUCGAAAGGGCAUCCCAUGACCCAAAAGCUGUUAUAACUACAUACGAGGGUAAACACAAUCAUGACGUUCCGACUGCCAAGACCAGCAGCUAUGAAUUUUCAGGACACUCACAGGUGAGUGGAACCUCUAGACCCAGGCCAGAUAACAGUUCGAUUGGCCUCAAUCUCGGGGCUGGAAUUAACCGCGAGAAUAGAACUAAUGUACAAAUUCCAGCAUGCUAUGGUAUUGGAAAUGGUGGUGGCUUGAAUCUGUUUGGAAAUAGAGAAAAUGGUGUUGAAGCUCAUAACUUUCAGACUCAGCCUAUACGCCCUUCUAACCUUUGUCCUCAAAAUAUUGGAAGAGUAGUUAUGGGCCCGUAA